AUGGAGGGGAGGAAUCUUCAGACUCCAAGGAGUCUGUGGAUAUCCCCCAUCUCCUGGUGGGGGGUGUACAGCCCAUUCCAGAAUGCCACGGAGCACAUGGGGCCAGAUGCUUGUGGGGCCCCCAACUGGAACCUGCUGGAUGUGGAACUGCCCCUGAGCAGAACCCAGGAACCAGGAGUGACCCUUGCCCCCCUCAAGCCCUGGACCCAGUAUGCUGUCUUUGUAAGGGCUAUCACCCUGAGCAUGGCGGAGGACAGCCCUCAUCAGGGUGCCCAGAGCCCUAUCAUCUACCUCCGAACCCUGCCUGCAGCCCCAACAGUGCCCCUGGACGUCAUCUCUAAGUCCAACUCUUCCUCCCACCUGUUGGUGCGCUGGAAGCCGCCCACGCAGCGGAACGGGAAUCUCACUUACUAUCUGGUGCUGUGGCAGCGGCUGGCGGAGGACGCAGAUCUGUACCUCAAUGAUUACUGCCAGCGUGGCCUGCGACUACCCAGCAGCAGCACUGACGCCCGCUUCGACCAGGAGGAAGGAGAGCCCCUCGCGGAGGCCGAGCCGGGCUGUUGCCCCUGCCAGAGUCCAUCCCCCGAGCAGUCCCAGCAGCCGGCCCUGGAGACCCAUGAGGCCUCCUUCCAGAAGAAGUUUGAGAACUUUCUGCACAAUGCUAUCACGCUUCCCAGAUCCCCCUGGAAGGUAACUUCUAUCAACAAGAACCCCCAGAGGGACCCAGGCCGCUACCGGCGGGCUGCAAGGGCCCCUGGGGGAGGGGGAAAUAGCUCAGACAUUGGGAUCCAGGACAAGGUACCUCGAGAGCGGGUGGUGCUGAGCGGCCUGCGCCAUUUCACUGAGUACCGCAUCGACAUCCACGCCUGCAACCAUGCAGCCCACACAGUGGGCUGCAGUGCUGCCACCUUCGUCUUUGCCCGCACCAUGCCCCAUCGUGAGGCAGACAGCAUUCCUGGGAAGGUGGCUUGGAAGCCAUCCAGUAAAAGCAGUGUCCUCUUGCACUGGCCUGAGCCCCCAGACCCUAAUGGGCUCAUUCUCAAGUAUGAAAUCAAGUACAAGCGCCUAGGUGAGGAGGCCACUGUGCUGUGUGUGUCCCGCCUCCGUUAUGCCAAGUUUGGGGGAGUCCACCUGGCCCUGCUUCCCCCAGGCAACUACACAGCCCGAGUCCGAGCCACCUCACUGGCUGGAAAUGGCUCCUGGACCGAUGGCCUGGCAUUCUACAUCCCUGGCCCUGAGGAGGAGGAGUCAGGAGGGUUGCAUGUUCUCCUCACUGUCACCCCUGUGGGGCUCCUGUUGCUCAUUGUUCUGGCUGCCCUUGGCUUCUUCUACAGCAGGAAGAGGAACAGUGGCGGUUACCCCAAUGGGACCCUCUAUGCUUCUGUCAACCCUGAAUACUUCAGCACUUCAGACAUGUAUAUUCCAGAUGAAUGGGAAGUGCCUCGAGAACAGAUUUCCGUGAUCCGGGAGCUGGGCCAGGGCUCUUUUGGGAUGGUGUACGAGGGGCUGGCACAGGGGCUUGAGGCAGGGGAGGCCCCCACAUCGGUGGCUCUAAAGACCGUGAAUGAGCUGGCCAGUCUUCGGGAGCGGAUUGAAUUCCUCAAGGAGGCCUCUGUCAUGAAAGCUUUCAAAUGUCAUCAUGUGGUGCGGCUUCUGGGGGUAGUGUCACAAGGACAACCAGUUCUAGUCAUCAUGGAGCUCAUGACCCGAGGGGACCUCAAAAGCCAUCUCCGGUCCCUGAGGCCUGAGGCUGAGAACAACCCAGGACUCCCUAGACCAGAGCUGGGUGACAUGAUCCAGAUGGCAGGUGAGAUCGCUGAUGGCAUGGCCUACCUCACUGCCAACAAGUUUGUGCACCGAGACCUGGCUGCCCGAAACUGCAUGGUGUCCCAAGACUUCACAGUCAAGAUUGGGGACUUUGGGAUGACUCGGGAUGUGUAUGAGACAGAUUAUUACCGCAAAGGAGGAAAGGGGCUGCUACCUGUUCGUUGGAUGGCUCCUGAAUCCUUAAAAGAUGGAAUCUUCAGCACUCACUCGGAUGUCUGGUCAUUUGGUGUGGUGUUAUGGGAGAUUGUGACACUGGCAGAGCAGCCUUACCAGGGCCUGUCCAACGAGCAGGUACUCAGGUUUGUCAUGGACAACGGCAUCCUGGAUGAGCCUGAGGGCUGCCCUCCCCAGCUACAGGAGCUGAUGAGUCGCUGCUGGCAACAGAACCCCCGCCAGCGCCCGACCUUCAUCCAGAUUCUGGACAGCAUCAAGGAUGAGCUGCGCCCAUCCUUUCGUCUCCUCUCUUUCUACUAUAGCCCUGAAAGCCGAGGGGGCAGGGGCUCCUUGGCACCCCCUGACACAGAUCCUGACACCCACCCAUCACCUGAGAUCCCCCCAGACUGCAGCCCUCCUAAUGGAAGCCUAGGACACUGAGGAGUUCCCUUUCCCCUGGAGCAUGUGGGAUCCCUGGAUAGCGGGACACUGUUGACAUCACAAGGCACUGAGAGAGAAAACACAAGGUCCCUAGAUGAGGGCAUAUCUGAUGUUGACUACAUGCCCACCCCAACACACAUACACACUGAUUCACAAGGUGGUGGGGGAAGAUGGUGAGAUGGGAUGGGUUCUCUCCUGUCCUUCUGGGACCCAUGGACUGGGGCCAGAUAAGGUGCCCCUGACCUGAGACUCCAUGGGAAACUGAGAAAGGGGGCCUAUACAAUGGAAGGAUGGAGGUAGCCCUGACAACUGGUGAGGUACAAGACUUUCACGAGCACAGGGAGGGAGAAAUGGAAAAUAUACCCAUCAGGCAUUCCAGAUUCAGACAGCAUGGGGAUCUAACCUUUGUUGUGAUAUAUAUGCUAAAGGGGUCUACACAUGGGGUCUUUUGAGAAAAGAGCAGCAACCACACACACCUCUCAACACCAUUUUCUGAUACCUAAGCAUUUUAAAGCACUUUGCAUAAACUUGGGUUGGGGGAGGAGGUCCCCAAAAUAUAAGGAAUCAGAAACCCCAAAUCUUGCCCUUCUCUGGCUCAUCUUCCUCAGGAUGACACCCUUCAGAAGGCCUUUCUCUCUGGCCUACCCUGGCAAAGGAUGCAGGGGUGGGGAACCUACAGCCUCGAGGCCACAUGUGGCCCUCUAGGUCUUCAAGUGUGGCCCUUUGAAUCCAAACUUCACAGAACUAAUCCCCUUAAAAGAUCUGUAAAACUUGAGACUCAGUCAAAAGGCCACCCCCAUGGAGCUAGAAGACACAUGUGGCCUUGAGGCUGCAGGUUCCCUACCCCUGGACAGGGCUUCAUUUUGAACAAUGGGGGAAAGAAAGCAUUGGGACGCGUAUUUGCUCCCAACUGUCAUCCCCAGUUCCCUAUCUCUUCCUCUCCCCUUCCCCACCCUCUUAUCCACAAAAAAUGUCCAGUACAUUUCUGGGGAGGUGUUAAGAUGCCUUCUUUAUCUCUGCCUUUCUGUGGGAUGAUUUUCAAUAGGCUUACCUCCACUUUGGACUCAGCCACCUCUCUUAUUUGAUCUAGCCCUACCCCAGGAUCCCUCAGCUUGGUGCUGUUCCCUAAUUCCCCUGGGGGGCAUUCCUUGGUGCUGACUUUCUUCUCCUCACUUCCAUUUUCUUCUCACCCCCUUUUCAAGUCCCUGGGUUUAUUUCUUAAAGAUUUUAAAGUAUCACCUUCAUUCUUUACCCACUCCACCUUAAGUGUGGAUGCUGGAGAUGCAAUAAAAUUCCUAUCUGUUUGUA